UGCAGAGACACGAGCAACGAUCGAUCAUCUUGGAAAGGCAUUAACGACGGGACACAUCGAAGAUCACAGACCGGAAAAGCUCAAUUGCGCUAGUCGAUACUUUGAAGUCGCGCUUUCUCAUCGGCGGCGAUCGCCCGCAUUCCAUUCCAUUCCUACCCCAUUCCCCUCCUCCGCCAUGGCUUCCGCCCGAUUGACCAAUCCCUAUCUGCGGUUUCACGAGCUGGCCAGACAGACUGUGAAACCAAAACGAAAGCCGGGGACCUUUUUGAAGGAGAAUCUUCGCAGAGCUCCCAAAGCUCCGGAUCAAAUCAAAGCGUUCAGUCCAUCGAUUCUUCCCUUUGAGCCCCCUAAACCUGGAAACGAGUAUCAUGAACAACGAACAUUUGCCUGGAAGCAGCGACGCAUGUGGACGCCGAAUUAUAGAGAUCAUGCGCUUCCAGUCAGAAUCUUCGGUGGAGAUCAGAGUCUGAGGGAGAGGAUGAUGUUGACUGCCCCUAUGAAAUUGAGAAUAGAGGAUGUCGAUGCGAUCGAGAAAGCUGGUGGUUUGGAGGCAUUCUUGAUUCACACACGGUCUCACGAGCUAUCUGAGCAUGGAAAGCUACUGCGGCAUAACUUGUUUCAAGAGUUGAACAGGAUGCGCGAGACUGGAUUGUGGUAUGCCGGUCCAUCGUCAAAACACUACGACUGCCAUCACCGCCGCUGGGUCAUCGACAGCCACCCCGCGUAUCACUCCACCGAAGUCUCUGUCCCGUGCCGUACUUGACAAGAGACGUCUGGCGACAAUGAUCGAACCACCGAAAUUGACAGCCGAAAUACCAUUGAACGGAGCGCCCAAACCGGCCAUCCCAUCGUCUCAGAGUGCUUGUCAAGCGCUUGUGGCACAUUCAUCCAGCCAAGGCAAGAUCUCGUCUUCACAAGAGAUUUCGGAAAAUUUGCAAAAUCCAUCGCAAAAGACAGCGGCGCCCAAGGCCGCCGUUUUCAGAAAGGUGUUUGGAUUGACUAGUGCGGAGAAGAGGAUGGCGGAGAGAGCUUUACAAGCAAAGCGGAGCAAUAGUGAGGGAUUGGAACCACCGCCGGCAGCCACGCAUCAGUCACC